GCCCCUUAGCAAGAAAGAGGAAAAGAAAUCUAUGGUACCCUGAUUUGAAACGAAUAAUAAUGGUGGUGUCUGUCUUAUUCUCCGACUAUUUUUCUUUCCGCGGAGAAGAAAGGACUUGUCUCGAAUCUCCUUACAACUCCGUCGUCCGUCAGUCCAGGGAUCCAGUAUUUGACUUAAAAGUCAAAAGAUAUGGCUAACCAGGGGGCGAAGAAGCGGAAAGAAGAAAACAAUAAGCACAUGGCCAAGCUUCUUCGUGUUAUCAUCAUCUGCAAUGUUAUUUAUGUCAUAGUAAGAUUGCUCAUCUUUCAUUCUUCAGUAUCCUGGAAACAUUUCGUUGGCCUCCUUGUGACAUCAGCGGCUUAUGCCCUUUCGUACAAGCAACUUGCCCAAAUGGCAGAACCAUCUUAUGAUGAUGAUGGAGAGCUACUAGAUGGGGGUUAUGAUAUGAGCACUGGUGGAAUUUGCAGUUAUCUACAUGACGUCAUCUAUAUAACAAGCUUCGUGCAAGUAAUGUCAAUCCUCUCCGGCAAAUUUUGGUACACAUACCUGGUGAUUCCAGCCUUUGCUGCAUACAAACUUUCUGGUCUUGCAAAAGGAUUUCUAUCUCAUGAUUCAGAGGGAGUCCUGGAAGAUGAGAAAACUAGGAAGAAAAGGGAAAAGCUGGAGAAAAAAGCUUCAAGACCCAAAUUCGUCAAGACAAGGAGUAAGUAGGUUUCCCUUUGGGUAGCCUCCGGGUUAACUAGUCAAGUAAUAGAAUACAGUUUAGUUCAAAAGUUGCCAAGGCUCUCUGAAAAUAUGUACGGAUUAUCUUGAAUAUUAAAGAGGCAAUUUUACCAUUUAUUUUGAUUAUCCAUUGCCAAUUUCAUGAAUUCACUUUAGCAUUCGUUCUCCAAACUUUGUUUCUGUAGAGUCAGAUACCAAGUUAGAAGGUUUGAUUGAA